CUUAAGUACGAACAUUAAAUAUAAAAGGUAUAUAAACAAUUGGUAUACUUAAUGCGGAUAACAACACACUUCAUUUAGCCCUUCAUGUGCUGUGAAAUAUCAGAAGGGAUACCAAAUAAAAAGAAACACGAUGCGCCAGAAUCAGUCAAUACACCACCAAAGACGGAAAAGAAAAAAGUAGAAGUAACUGAGAAAAUCGACAUCUAUUAUUUCGAUCAUGGGAACUCUGCAUAUUAUCAAACGACGGAUUCACCGCCGAUAUUAGCGACCGAGAAAUGCGCCGAGAAAACCGACCAAGCAGCGACUCGCUUUUGGGCCGAGAUAUUUGGGACUAUUCAUAUCGGCACUGCUUUCAUCACAGCGUUUAUUCUACAAUUGGUUCGAUUUAUACUUUACAGUAUAAUCCGACCGCUGACUGUGGGCAUCUUGCAAUUGUUGGCGGACUAUUUUAUAAAACCACUAUUGUCGAUUGUGUUUAAUGCCCUGAUACAGCCUGUAUUGAUAUUGUUAUACAAUAUUGCAACGUCUUUCAAGGAUCUUUGCGAGCCUAUCGCAGAAGCGAUAGGGCUGUUCCUACGGGAGAUUGCACACGUGUGUGCGGCGAUUCGAAUCGUCGAGGUGAAACAGGGUACCGCUCCCUCGGUUGCUUGCACUUGAUGAUCGAAUAGAAGAAAGUGCGAAUUCUCAAUGACGAAGAAGGGAAUAAGGUAUCAAAAACUCAUAAUUCCUUCUUACGUACGACUCGUAAAAAAAUAGCACCAUGCAAAUGUUGGUUUAGGGAAGUAGCUUCGGAAUCUCUGUUCCCAAACUAUUUUAAUUGUAUACCUCUCUACCCUGUACUGUAUCUGUUUUUCAUUGUUUAAGGUUCAGAGGUGAAAAAACUAUUAUAUCUAGGUGAUUGACAUUAUCUUGGUAUUUGAACGAUUAUGAAGGAAUCGAGGUAAAACUGAACCGUGAUUAAAUAGAGUAAAACAAAUCUAACCCAUUAAGAUCCAAGUGUGUUUGCUAAGUACAGGCCUUUCUAUUAGGCAUUGUUAUUUAGAAUAUCUACAAGGCAAUAUUUAGAAAGAGGAAAGAACGUUGCGUUCUCUUGAACUUGCGAGAUUCCAAAAUUCUUUAAACAGCAGAUAUUGUAUCGACUUAAAAAAGGAUUUUGUUGGAUCCCAAAGGGUUAAGAAGUAACUAAAUCCUUUUAUCACAUGUGCUUAUAAAAAAA